AUGACAAGUUACAAUUUUUAUAGUAGCAAUAAAGACUACUUCUUUUCAAACUCUUAAGUCAGGUAAUCAGUUGAGAAAUCAAGGAAAAUUGAUUAUGCCGAUGAUGAGGUUAACCUAGAAGAUGAUUUUAAAGAUUAUCGGUGCAUUCGAGAAGACAAUAACCAAUCUGUAGAUUUUACUUAGUAGCAAAAAUUAAAGAAAUCAAAUAGGUUUUUCUUGAAGAAGAUAAAUCAUAUGAAUAAAUAAAGUGCUCGCUAAUUCGUGGACCGAUAUAGAAAGCAAAGAAUGUCCUUUGACUCUGCUUAGUCCAAUCAGUCCUCGUUUAUGUUCAACACUAAUUCAAAAAAGGUCAUUGAGAAUCCAUUCAUUCUCGUAAUAUCGAACUAUUGCGAUAAGUAACAUUCAAAUUUAUAAAACCUUGUUAUACUUGAGACUCCCCAGCAUAGUUUCAUCAGAUUUAUCAACUAAUUCGACGAGUCAAGUUUCCAAGUUAAAAUACUUGAGAGAAUUUAAAAGUCUCUGAAUAAUCAAUCGUAAGGAUUACUAAAUGUCAUAAAUUAAUUCAUACAUGAGUCCCAAGGAUCAUUAAUUGACUCUAAAAACUAGAUCAUAGAUGGAGAUCAGAUACUAUUCAUUUGCAGACACUAGUCUAUAAAUUUAAAUUACAAAUAUUUGGAUAAAUGCAUAGAAUAAUCACUUAAACGAGGCCAAAUCUCAUUCGAUGUCAAGUAUGAUAAAAAGGGAGACGACUUCCAAGAUAAGUACCAGGAAAUUCUAUCUAAAACUCAAGUAAAAGCACCUAGCAAGGACUCAAAGGUAUUGCAGAAUAAAAUCAUUAAGAAUGAUCUUUACUAGUCAGUAAUGCAAUCGAAUCACAGCAGUUUUGUUAGAUAUCUCGAAACCCCAAUUAGCCAGAGGAGAAUCAGGAAAAAAGAGUUUGAAGAAAUAGACCAGAAAAAUUCAAACUUAAUUAUGCGGCAAUUUUCCAAGAAAAAAACAGAGUUAACUGAUAAUCAAUACAACUUUGUGACAUUCAAGAAUAGUAAUUACUCACCUGCAAGAUUCAGCAUCUUAAAAUCCUCAUAAAAUAAAAGUAGAUAUGAUCCUCCAAGUGCAAAUGAAUAGAUUAUGGAUUAGGCGUAUUAAGACUAAAAUCAGCAAUCUUAAGAUUAUCUUCACAAGUCAUAAGACCUUCUUGUCCCAAUGAAUGUGUCUAUAGACCAAAAACCUAUAUCAAUAGAGACUUCUAAUUUUCCUCACUAAGCUGAAUUCACUUUGCAAAAUAAAACGACAACUAUUUUGCAGAAAUACAAUACUUCUGUUAACAAAACCUCAUAGCCAUUUAUACCUAAUGAGGUUACUUAGCAGAAGAAACUAGCUGCAAUUAAAAAAAGGCUGGAAAAAUACAGACAUUAAAGAGCUGUAGAGAGCUUUUAAAAUGAACAAAUAGAUCAAGAAUAUAAGGACAACAUUGCCAACUUUAUGAAGAAGCAUUUUGAAAAUCCUGACAAGAUCGAAAAACUAGAGAGUAAGUUAUUUAAAAUUCCUGAGGCACGAGUCAAUAAGUCUCAACUUUCUAGACCUCUGACUAAAUAAUUGCCAAAAAUUAAUAGGUAAAAUAAGUCAACCUUCGUUUUGAAUAAGGAUAACGAGAAUGAUGCAAGUGAACAAGUUGAGGAAAGAGUCAGUCGAUCUAUCUCUCCAUCAGUAAAUCUUUAAAGCAAGUUCUUAGAUCAUAUCAAGAAUAAAAAAGUGAUCAAUACUUUUGUAGAUUAAGAAUUGAACUAUAUAGUUAAAAGUAGACCGAAAGACGAAGUGUCAUAAAAGAUUACAAACAAGAGAUUGAAUAUUAGUGCUUUUGAUCCUAUCAGAUCUAAAUCUAUAAGACAGUAAAAGAAAAAUACUAUGGAUUACUUGAAGAUGAACACUUUUCAGGCUGCUGGGGAAAGGCGCUCACUUGAGAAUGUUAUCAGAUAAAAUUUCAAGCCUCUAAUUAAAAUGAACUUACCUCAGCUGGAGUAGGAAACUGGCUUUACUAGAAGAGAUUUAUACAACUUAUACAGCCAUUUCUUGAGCAUACUUAGAAUCCAGCAGACAGAGAGACAGCAUUUGAAAAGCGAUAGAAUAGGGGAUCUUAUAGGAGUUGAUUUUGAUAUCUUUCAUCAUAAUGUCCCUGUGAUUAAGUAUGAGAACAGAGAGGUGGCUGAAAAGAUUCUCAAAAACAUAAAGGAAGAGAUUAAGGAGGACCAGAUUAGAUGGGCGGAUUUCUUAAAGUAUCUUAGGCAGAUUCUGGCAAAGAGUUUCUCUGAGAAGAUAGACAUCUUCUUUUAUGCUUUUGACGUUGAUAAAAAUAGAAAAUUUAGUUGGAAUGAGGUGCAGAACAUAUCAAUUAACUGCCUCAGUCAAAUGUUUUCUAGUAGAGAUGAGUUUAUGGAGUCAUUGUCUGUGUAUUUCACGAAGUAUAUUUUUGAGGCUGUUGGCUAUGAUAAGAAUGAGGAAAUACCAAUGGAUGAGAUAAAGCAUGCUAUAAAAACAGCAAGUGGGGAAUAAGGCGACCUACUAAAGAUGUUUGUGGGGGCAGAGAAUUUCGAUGAGGACAAGUCAACUGAUUGA